AGGACACUGCCGCCACAGGCCCCCCUGGCACCCCACAGGAGGGCCUUCAGCACCUCAGCAAACUGCAGGAGCACAUUCAAUGUGCAGGAUGGUAGCGACUUCCAGGACCGGGUGGUGAACAACCCCAAACCCGUUGUGGUGGACUUCCACGCGCAAUGGUGUGGCCCCUGCAAGAUCUUAGGCCCCAGGUUAGAGAAGAUGGUGGCCAAGCAGGAGGGGAAGGUGCUGAUGGCCAAAGUGGACAUUGACGAUCACACAGACCUUGCUAUUGAAUAUGAGGUGUCAGCAGUGCCAACCGUGCUGGCUAUGAAGAACGGAGAUGUUGUGGACAAGUUUGUGGGGAUAAAAGAUGAGGAUCAGCUGGAGGCAUUCCUCAAGAAACUCAUCGGAGCCUGAAGUGAAAGGGUUGGCUGUACCUCUGCCUCCAGACACGUCCACGUUGUGCAUUCCUUGCCUGGGAGACCUGAGGGGCACGUGAACUACCUGCCUUGUACAGCCUGGGGUUUUCUUCUGGUUUGGGGCUUUUAGGAGACAGACAGUGUUGUAACCCUUCCCUCCCACCCACCCCCUUCUCUUGAGCAGCAGUACUUGUAAAGGGCACUGAGGAGCAGGACUGCUUAUUCUCAAGAUGGGGAAUGCGGCUGGAAUCAGCCUGUGUUUAUCUGCAAAGAGCUGACGUGCAGAACUGCUGCUGCCGAGUUCAGGGGAGGAAUGUUUUUCUCUUUGUCUAGUAUCUGAUAGCCCAGAGCAGAGGGCAGCUGCUCCCUGCAAGAUGUUGGUACAUACCUGCCCUGGGUGGGUUUGUUUAAAGCUGAGAAUGCCUCUGCCUUGUCUGUGAAACCUGUCUCUGUCCCUCUGUCCUCGUGUCGCUGGGACAGGUACAACACUUCCACAAAUCCAUGGGCUCCAGUCAUAAUUUUAUAAGAGAAAAUAGGGAGAAGUAUUUUAUGGAUCUCCUUUUAUAUGUCUGUAAUAAAGAGAGCUUUAUCAGUUGCUGUUGUCUAGCUGGAGAAUAAAACUUGAUUC